AUGCUAAAUAGCACCCCAGAACUCAGAACAAGCACUGAGGAUAAUAUUCCCAUCACUCAACCCAGUAUGGAGAUAUCCAGUACAACUGUCCUGCCAGUGGUCGGCCUCGGGUCAAUGGCGCAAUCAGCUGGACUUGCGGAGAUUGCCGUCAGGCUGUGCUUGAACCAAAGUAAACAACUAUGUCCUCAUGUUUGGGUUCCCAUCCUGAAGCCCCUGCGCCCUUGCAUCCGUCCUCCAGUUUCAGAGCAGCUACCCUCUGACCUCUGGAGCCAAGCCUAUCUGACCUUCCCCCCCUUAUCUUACUUGGACGACUCGGAUGAUGAUGAUGAUCUUUUGCUCCCAAUCAAGAACAAACGUGUGGUUUUCGCUGACUCGCGCGGAUUGUCUCUAACAGCAGUGCGAGUGUUUUCUGAAGAAGAGGAGCAGUCCGACCUUGACCUCCUGCCGUCGCUGCAGGGUUUGGUGAGCAUGACAGAGGACGGCUACAGCUGCACCGUCAGCACCUGCUGCCCAGGAACACAGCUCAAACUGGGCUUCCCACAGCCGUCUGCAGAUUUCCGGGCCUUUCGUGCCAAGCUGGCAGAGAGCAUGGUUAUCCUGGAGAACUGCAGCGUUACUGAACAGGCCCUCCAAGGUACCGUCCGAGUUAGAAACAUCAGUUUCCAGAAGGAAGUGCGUAUACGCAUCACCUUUGACUCAUGGCAGAGUUACAAAGAUGUCACCUGUACGUAUGUGCAGAAACGAUUCGGAGGGCCGCAGACAGACAUCUUUGAAUUUGACAUUGCCAUUCCUAAAGUGCUAGAUGCCAAACGGAAGAUAGAGUUUUGUUUAAGUUAUUUACCAGGUGGGUACAAUGAGCCUUUUUGGGACAAUAACAACGGACGGAACUACAGCAUUGCUGUGAGUGUGAACUCACAUCUCUGUCGCGGGAAGAAUCUGGGUGAAAGGGCAUGACUUUCUCUUCCACUUACUGAUAUUGUGAGACAUGAAACAUUGCUCCAGGGUAAAGACGAUUUUUUAUGACAUUUGACUUUAUUUUUAGAAAUGUUUAGACAUCUUAAGUGCUUUUGUA